AUGGGGACCGGUGGGCGGGGUGGGCUGCGGCCCGGCAAGGGGAGCCCCGAGGGGGUGACAGGGGGCAAGGGGAACCCCGAAGAGGCAUCAGCCGCUCCUACGGCCGCCGCCGCUCCGGCCUCCUGCCAGUACAGGUGCAUCGAGUGCAACCAGGAGGCCAAGGAGCUGUACCGAGACUAUAACCACGGCGUGCUGAAGAUAACCAUCUGCAAAUCCUGCCAGAAGCCUGUGGACAAAUAUAUCGAGUAUGAUCCUGUGAUAAUUUUGAUUAAUGCUAUUUUGUGCAAAGCCCAGGCCUACAGGCAUAUUCUUUUCAAUACUAAAAUAAACAUGCACGGAAAACUCUGCAUAUUCUGCUUGCUCUGUGAAGCCUACCUGAGGUGGUGGCAGCUCCAGGACUCCAGCCAGAACACGGACCCCGACGACUUCAUCAGAUACGCCAAGGAGUGGGAUUUCUACCGAAUGUUUGCCAUCGCGUCUCUCGAACAAGCUGCCUUUUUUGUGGGCAUUUUUACCUUCCUGUGGAUAGAACGGUCCAUCGCAACGAAGAAGAACCCCAACUUCCUGCUGCUGCUGAAGGCGCUGCUGUUGUCCAGCUACGGGAAGCUCCUGCUGAUCCCCGCUGUCAUUUGGGAGCACGAGUACACCCCGCUGUGCCUGCGGCUCAUCAAGCUGUUUGUCCUUACCUCAAACUUCCAGGCAAUCAGGGUGACGCUCAACACCCGCCGCAAGCUGUCCUUCCUGGCCAUCGUGUGCGGCCUGCUGACAGAGGGCGCCAUGGUCCACCUCUUCCAGACGAUGGACUGGGACAUCGGCAGCGACUGCGCCGGCUACAAGUCACAGGACUUCUGA